ACGGGCUCCCGUAUGCCAUUCUGCUCUGGAUGAGGGUGUACUCUGUAUGUGUGUGUGUAUGAGUGUGUAGGUGUGUGUGCGUGAGUGUGUAUGUGUAUUUUCCACAUUGAAAAGGGUGUGAGUGAACACAGAGGAGGAGGAGGACUGCCUUUUUUUGACUGAUACUGUGUGAAGAUGGACAUUGCAGAGUUCCGUAAGCGAGGGAAGGAGAUGGUGGACUAUAUAGCCGACUACCUGGAGAACAUUGAGAAAAGGCAGGUUUACCCUGAAGUACAGCCUGGCUACCUACGAGCACUUAUUCCUGAUGUGGCUCCUGAUGAGCCAGAGACGUAUGAAGACGUGCUUAAGGACAUCGAGCGGGUCAUCAUGCCUGGGAUCACCCACUGGCACAGCCCGUACUUCUUCGCCUACUUCCCUUGUGCCAACUCUUUCCCUGCAUUACUAGCAGACAUGCUGUCAGGGGGACUCGGCUGCCUUGGGUUCACCUGGGCUGCGAGUCCGGCCUGUACUGAGCUGGAGACAGUGAUGCUGGACUGGCUGGGGAAAAUGCUGAAGCUGCCCGAGGAGUUUCUAGCAGGAACGGAGGGCAAAGGAGGAGGUGUUAUUCAGGGAACUGCUAGUGAAGCAACUUUAGUAGCGCUUCUUGCCGCUCGCACCAGAAUCGUGAAACAUGUUCAAGCUGAUCAUCCUGAGUGGACCGAAGUGCACAUCAUGUCUAAAUUAGUAGCCUACACGUCAAACCAGGCUCAUUCAUCCGUGGAGAGAGCAGGUCUAAUAGGAGGCGUGAAUAUGAAAAAACUUCCCACUGACGGCAAGUUCGCCGUGAGGGGCGAGGAAAUGAGGAAAGCCAUUGAGGAGGACAAAGCAGCAGGUCUCAUUCCCUUCUAUUUUUGUGCCACACUGGGAACGACUGCGUCAUGUGCAUUUGACCACAUCACUGAGCUCGGACCCAUAUGUAACACAGAGGGGAUAUGGAUGCACAUUGACGCUGCCUACGCAGGAAGUGCAUUCAUCUGUCCUGAGUUCCGACCUCUCUUGGAUGGCGUGGAGUUUGCUGACUCCUUCAACUUUAAUCCUCACAAGUGGAUGUUGGUGAACUUCGACUGCUCUACGAUGUGGGUGAAGAGAAGGGCUGAUAUUAUUGGGGCGUUUAAGAUGGACCCACUUUAUCUGAAGCAUGACCACCAAGAGUCAGGAUUAGUGACGGAUUAUAGACACUGGCAGAUCCCACUUGGUCGAAGGUUCCGCUCGCUGAAAUUGUGGUUCGUGUUGCGCAUGUACGGACGCCGAGGCCUGCAGCAGCACAUCCGCAAGCAAGUUGCACUGGCUAAGGAGUUUGAGAGUUUGCUGCUAGCAGAUGAACGCUUUGAGAUCUGUGCUGAAGUAGUGCUCGGCCUGGUCUGCUUCAGACUGAAGGGCUCGAACGAUCUGAACAAAACCCUGCUGAAGAGGAUCAACAACAGUCGCAAGAUCCACCUGGUGCCGUGCCAGCUGGCGGGUUUGUUCGUGUUGCGCUUGGCCGUGUGCGCUCGCACCACCGAGUCACGGCACAUUCAUGAGGCCUGGACUCUCAUCACUCAGCUGGCGUCUGAGCUUCUCUGUGAUAACCAUCACUGAGCUCCGGGCACAGCACAGUGCUCGCUAAUCAUCCUCUCUUACACACAUCCUGCUGCUGCCAUUCUUUUUCACCUUUCUGCUUGUUUGACGUGUGUAAGGUCUGUCGGUGUUUGCAAAGGGAUUAUAUACAAUGUCUGAGUCCACUACCAAAAACGUACACAACUCUUUACUAAUUAGAUUCUUAUUAUCUCUUGCGAGGAGUCUCCAGUGUCGGCACUUCGUAGGAUGUUUUUCCUGGUUUCUCAGAACAGUAACUCCCAUUGAUCAUUUUCUUCUAACAGCACACCCCCAAAGUGUUGCAUUCUUUACUUUACAGUGAAUCUGCCAGGCAUGAACUACCAGAAAACAAGUGUCUCUUCUUUAAAAAAAAAAAAAAAAAAAAAAAAAGGUUGUGGAAAGUAUUAUUCGGAUUGGACUUACGCCUCACUUUUUUCUUAAUGUUGCUUCUUCCUAAACAAAACGCACAAACUGGCUACCUAACGUUAUCUCUGUGUUCGCUCCAAAAUCACAACAAUGCCUAAUUUUCUGCUGCGUUUGUUAGAAAUGUACAAAGACGGAAUUAUAAUAAUGAUCAAAUGAAACCAUUUCUUGGUAGUGGACUUGCCUAUAUUUUCCUAAAGCCAAUGUGUCUAAUGUGUCUAUAACGAAUUAUUAUAAUUGAUUUUAACAAUAUAUAAAAUUAGGAUGGGGCUUUAUUGGUGGUUGUUAAUGGAACAAAGUAUAAAAGAGGUGUAUUGGGUGUCAUUGUGUUGUUGUUAUUAUAUACUGUAGCCUGGUGUUGGAUUUUUGUUGUUGUCUGGCUUGCUAACGCACACAAACCCUAUUACUGUAUCUUCAGAGAUGGCGCAAUUGAAAAGGAUCAGACUCAAAGGUGCUUGCUUUAAUCUAAUGGGACAUGAUUUGGGUUUGGCUGUUAUUCAGAAAUAAAUAAAUGAAGGAAUGAAUGAA